CACUCGUGAUCAACUACAUUUUGUUGGUCGAGUCAUCAAACUAGCUAUAGCUCAUCACAUGGCUGCCUUUCUUGCAACUCCUGCAUGUUCCUUGGCCACCAUUUCGGCUAUUUCUGGAGCCAGAGCUCCUGUUUCUGUGCAGAAGACCUUCCCUACAACUGGAAGUCCUUUGUUUAGUGGGUUGAAGCACAUUCCGAAAAUCCAAUUUUCCAAGACAGUUGACAGGUUUUCUACUAGGUCCAGAUGCUUCAAGACUGCAAUUUCAUGUUCUGCUGCUCAACCUGAGACACUGAAAACAGUCCAGAGCACCAUUGCUAAGCAAUUGUCAAUCGACUUGAGCACAGUCACUCCUGAAACCAAAUUUGCUGAUUUGGGUGCCGACUCCCUUGACACGGUGGAGAUAAUGAUGGCUUUGGAAGAACAAUUUGGGGUGUCAAUUGGAGAAGGUGGAGCUGAAAACGUUGCAACAGUUCAAGAUGCAGCAGACCUCAUCGAGAAAGUGAAGGCAGCAGCGGCUUAGCUCGUGCAAUUCCUAUUUGAAUUAAUUCAUGAUCAUGAGGGCCACGAGAGAGCUCUUACAGUUUUCUUGAUGUUAGCUUU